UGGAUUUUGAUAUUUCAGUAAAGAACAAUAAAAAUGGAAGUUGACAUUAAAAUAAGUAGCAGCAGUUUACUCAAUUUCAUGGAAUGUGAAGGAUCGAAGAUGUGCACUAAUGAUACAAGAAUUUCUGCAGAAGAAAUGGACGAAGCACGGAAAAACAAUCUGGCAUACGAGUACCUCUGUCAUCUGAAAGAAGCAAAAAUGUGGCUGGAAGCUAUGUUGCAGGAGCCAUUACCAUCACCUACAUUGCUAGAGGAGGGUUUACGGAAUGGAGUUUACUUAGCUAAGUUGGGUAAUGUUUUAGCACCAAAGGUAGUCCCCAAGAACAAAAUAUAUGAUGCAGAGCAAAGGCGUUACAAAUUAGCUGGAUUGCAGUUUCGCCAUACUGACAAUAUUAACUAUUGGCUCAAAUCCCUUGAAUUUUUGGAACUACCAAAGACAUUCCAUCCUGAAACUACAGAUAUAUAUGAUAAGAAGAACAUGCCAAGAGUGAUCUACUGUGUGCAUGCUCUCAGUACCCAUCUUUUUAAAUCAGGGAAAGCACCUCUUGUGCAAGAUCUGUAUGGGAAAGCAGAAUUCACAGCGGAAGAGAUUGGUGCAGUGAGGCGUGACCUGGAAGAGUAUGGCAAUCCCUUGCCAGCAUUUAAGAGGAUUGGAGGGCUUCUUGCAAAGGAAGCAGGGCAAGAUCAUGAAUCUGUAGAGAUUGCCAUUGCAGAUCUGAACAGAGCGAUAGACAAAGUGGACCCUGUUACUCUGCAGGCAGCAUUGCAGAAUCCCAGUCUGGGACUACAGUUCAUUGAAAAGUCAUUAAUGGAAGGAUAUGGACUGGCACUUGUGAAAGCAAAGGAGAGGAAGACUGAGGUUAUGCUGAACCGAUCACAGAAUGAUAGUUCCACAGCUGAAGACUAUAGUGAUGAGCUUACACUGCCUGAAAUUCAAGGUUACAUCAAUGCUGUAAAUGUGUGCUGGCUUUGGCAACAGGCUUUAGGUGCAGCCCAUGAAGGUGAUGUGGAGUUACUGAUGACUGUUCUAUGUCACAAAUAUCUUAAACUGGAGGCUAUUAAUGAUAGGUUCUGCGCUCUGUAUUUGGAAGAAAUUAGAUUAUUGUGGGAGAAGCACCAAGACAAGGCCAAUGACUUGCGAACAAUACUGGAUGAUUUUAGUUGUCAAAUUGUAAAGGAGCUGCAGGAGGCUAUUAUCAGAGCCAAUGAAAAUGGGUACCGCUCUCUGCAAAUUACAGCAGCCAUAACUUCAAUAAACGAAGCUCUGGCAGCAAAUAAUGUUCAGCAGCUACUUACAUCUCUUAAAACACUGUCUCUAAAAGAAGUAAAGCAUGCAGCAGCACCCCUUUACCUUGAAGAGAUGUGUGCAGAUCGUAUUCAGUGCCAGAGAGAUUUGACACUGGAAGAGAUCACUGCAAGUGUACGUGUCCUUUCAAAUAUAGCAGCAAUCACUGAGAGUGUAGAUGCAGGAGAUGCUGAGCAGACAUGGUCAGCGAUAUCCCAACCUCAACUGCAUUUUUCUAACCUUGAUCAAGGAUUGUGUGUUAAAUAUUGGCAAGUAUUGAAAGCAAAACGCACGUACAAACUGGCAAAGAAAAUGCCUUGCCCAUUGCUGACUUACUUUGAUAUUCAAGAUAGCAUAGAUAUUGUUCACCAGCAAAGUGAAGACAGCAAUCAGAUGAUUAUGUGUCUUCACAAUCUGAACCAAGCUCUGGAGAAUGGAAAUGAUGAAGCAAUCAUAAGAAUUUUGCAGGAUCCAGUUCUAAAAUUUGACAUUACUCCAGACCAUGCAGUUGUUUAUGUCCAUUUUCUUAAGGGUAAACGGCAGAAGAAGGGUUCAGAGCUUUGGCUGGAAGAUGCUGAGGACGCAAUCAGUGCUGCUAAUGAUGAAAUUAAGUCUGUUGUUCAAUUAUGCCAUUGGUUGUUGGAGAUGAAUUCUGCUGUACGACGAGGUGAUGCUAAAACAGCAUCUAGUCUUUUAGCAAAAUCAGGGUUGGACACAGAUGCAAGCAUUAUUUUGAGAAACAAUCAUGCUUUUGAAAGGCUUCGGGAUCUUGGUUUCAGAAAGUCCCUGAAGACUCUGUCACCCUGGGUGGAGCAUGUCACACACAGUGGCCACAGUGUCUUUCUCAAUCUUGAUAAGAAGCAGAUUACAUGGCAACCACCAACCGAAGAAUAUCAGAAAUGUUGCUACCUCACAGUACAGGAUAUACAGGGUGUGCUUGGCCUACAUAGACGGCAGCCAAGUAUUGAGUCCAUAAUACGUCUGCAAGCACACUGCAGAGGAUGGCUUGUUCGUCAAAAGUUCUCAAGAACAAAACUUGUCAAAUAUAUAGUGAAGAUCCAGGCUUGGUGGCGAGGAAUACUGGCACGCCGCCUUUAUUGUCAAUUGAAAAAGCAUCAAAGUGUUAAAGACCCAUUGGAUUUCUAUCGUGAGCAUGAGAAACUUGUGGUGAAAAUCCAAGCAUUUUGGCGUGGAUGCCUUGCUCGUCGGGCGUUUUUGUCCCUUGCUCAUGAGGCACAGCCAUCAUUUUGUGCAGUUCGUCAUUUUGCAAAGUUACUGAAGGAUGGCGUAGAUGACUAUGAACAAGAGCUACUGAUGCAGAACUUGAAGGAACAGAUAGGAAAAACAAUACGACACAAUGAGAAUCUCUCACAGCAGCUGGAUGCAAUGGAUUUGAAAAUAGGUCUACUAGUACGCAACAGAAUCUCAUUGCAGGAUGUAGCAGCCCACGGUUCACGACUACGAGCCACUGCUGCAUCAGCUGGUCAAUUGAUGGAUGGAAAAUUAAGUCGAAGUGGUCAGCAUAUUGUAGAAUAUUACCGAAAGCUAUUUUACCUUUUACAAACAGAACCUCAUUACUUGGCUCGCUUAUUACCUUGCUUGCCACGCUCAAAGACAACAGCAUUUCUCCGCACUGUGGUUCUUGCUAUUUUCAAUUUUGGUUCGGGAUCACGAGAAGAUUACUUACUGCUUCGACUUUUUGCUGCUGCUCUGCAAGAAGAGAUAAGGAGCAAAAUAAGCAGUCCAAUGGAUGUUGUUACAGAUAAACCAUUGGUUCUAAGCCUUGUUGUCAGUUAUGCACGUCAAGUUUCGGGGCAGAAUCCUCUCAAAGAAAUGGUUGGACCACUUGUGGAGAAGGUUAUCAAUAACAACAAUCUUUCCAUGGACACAAAUCCUGUUGAUAUAUAUAAAUUCUGGCGCAAUCACCAAGAGACUGUAUCAGGACAGAUUUCGGAGCUUCCAGCAUCAGUAAAUCCUGAACAGGCCUUGAAUUACCCGGAGAUUAAACGCUCCUUAGAGCAAAAUGUUUCUGCUCUGCGACAUUGGACAUUGGCUUUUCUGGAACGCAUCACAAAUUGUCGAGAUAUGAUACCAUAUGGUGUGCUGUAUGUAGCAAAAGUGCUGCAUGACUCUCUUGCAGAAAAAUUCCCACAGGCACCAGAAAAAGAUCUCCUGAAGGUUGUGGGUAAUUUUAUCUACUAUCACUACAUAAAUUCAGCUAUUGUUGCUCCUGACACAAUGGACAUGGUGGGAGGCAGAAACCUUUCAUAUGAACAGCGCCGCAAUCUUGCCAGCAUUGCACGAAUUCUCCAGUUUGCUGCCACAAAGCAGGGAUUUGGUGAGGAAGCAAGUUAUCUCAUGUGCUUGAAUUCCUUCAUUAUUGAAUGCCAUGAAAAGUUCAAGAAUUUUUUUCGUCACUGCUGUCAAGUUGAGGAACUGGAAGAUCACUUUAAUGUUCAUCGUUACACAGAGGCAACACUCAUUGCAAGACCUGUUAUUAACAUCUCUCUUCAGGAAAUGUGCGACACACAUGAGCUGUUAGUAAAAUAUUUGUCUCAGAUUGCACCUGAUCCUAUGGAUCCAUUAUGUGAACUACUGGAGGAAAUGGGUCCAGUGCCUUCCCCUGAAUCUCUUAUUGGUUCAUCAUGUGAAUCUGCCUUGUGCCAGAAAGGCAUGUGCCUGGAACUGGUAAACCACUGUGAGCUUCUGGAUGAUGAUUCUGAAAUCAGCAGACUAUUUGUCAGUGCGAAGGAGUUAUUGCUGCAGCUGUUACCACAAAUGGAAGGAGCCAGUUUGUUAGAAGCUCUGUCAUGCAAGUGCACUGGUCAAUCUGAAGAUAAUGAAUUACAAAGACUCUCCCAACUUCUAGCGCAGCUUGAAUUAGCAGGCUUGGUAACUCAUACUGAUGGUUUUCAGCAGCUUGUAACUGCAGUUGCGUCUGACAUAUGUCGCCGUGGUCGGAGAAGACAGCUCCUGAGAAAGGAAAUCCAAAUGCUGAGAAGCACCAAACAAAGUCUGGAGAAGAAAACACAAUUUUUUGAAGAGCAAAUCAGCUACUACAGUGAAUAUAUUCAAAAAUGUCUGGAGAAUCUGAAUGCAGGUAAAAGAAAAGUGCACAUCCCAAGAAGUGAGGCUGGAGAGAAACAUUCAAAAGCAAGUAGGAAGCUUAAACUGCGUUAUAGUGCUGCUCGUCUACAUGAGAAAGGAAUACUGCUUGAAGUUGACGGACUACCAGCUGCUCAGUUUCGUAACCUACAGUUUGAAAUAAGCCCGUCUGAAACGCCUGGCAUAUUUAUUGUCUCCGCAAAGUUCAUGGGAGUUGACAUGGAGAAGGUGGAUAUUGAUAUGCAGAAUUUACUGCAGCUUCAGUAUGAGGGCGCAGCUGUUAUGGAUCUAUUUGGCAAGGCAAAACUGAAUGUUAAUCUCCUAUUAUUUCUGCUUAAUAGAAAAUUUUACAGCAAAUCAUAAUUCACAUUACACAUAAGGUCUUUCACUGCAGCCGCAGCACCUCUCAAAAUGAAAAGGAUGGCAGAGCAAAGGAGACCUUCACAGUUGUCAGUAGCACAAAAGGUCUAUCCCACAAUAAAUCAUAACAAAAGGGUAACAAGCUUCAGACGUACCAGCAUAAUAAAUUAAAGGGAGAACUGCUGUUCAUCUGGAGCAGGCAACUUAAAAUAUGUACAACAAAUGUGACAACAGUUUUGUCAUGUUCCACUACUGAAGACAUAAUUUGUUUGUCUAAAGGAGUUCUGCUGUUAAGCUGCUUAAUGCAGGUGGCUAGCAGUUCUUGCUACUGACAACUGACCAAUUACUUACAUUUCACCAUUGCCACAGUAUAGAUAUUUGUGUGUCUACAUAAUGUCUUACUGUUAUACAGCUACAUGUACCAAAGUGAUAAUUGUUACUUUCUGAUAAUUGCAUAAAUUUACAUGUAAGCUGAUAAUUUGCCCAGAUGAAGUAAAGAUUUAAUCUCUCAUAAAAUUCUGUUUUUAAUGCAUAGUUCUUUUGUGUAUUCUGACUCAAAGGUAAUGGCUCCAAUGAAUACAGGUGUUUUACAUGCUUUGUUUGUACUGUUAUUUCAAGCUAUAAAAAUGUUUUUCAUUUUGAGUACAAGAGAAAUAUAGAAGUGAGACACAAACAAAUUGAAACUGCAUUAUAUGAACAGUGCAAAGAAAAUUAAAACUUACAAGAAGUAACUAUGUUGCAGUUACAUGAUUUCCACAAUGAGAUCGUCACCUAAAUCCCCAUUUGCAUCUGGAAAAGGGUCGUUUCAAAGAUUUUGUGGAAAAUUAUGAUAUUCAUAAGGUGCCUUGACGCUGAAGGAGCUCAGCACAGCCUUCUUUUCUUUCUCUCCUCAAGAAAAUCACUCUCUACCUGUUCAAUCUCAGAGACAUUUCUUGGAAAAGUAGAAAAAGUAUUGUUAACUGUAAUGGGCAAAAUGUAUUACAUAUUAACAUAGAUGCUGAAAGUCACAUCUUUUGACAAAUUGCUUAAAAUCAUUUAAUAUCUUGUAGAAUUAGAUUUUUGUAUUUGGUAUAGAUGGCAUGUUGCACUCUCUCUCAAAUUGAUUAAGUGUAAAUACUUGGUACUUUCUUACUAAAAUGAGAAUUUGGAUAAGGCAAGAGCUGGGAACACGUCAGAAACAUCUUCCAUCCAGCAAGAUUCAAUGAAUUCAUAGUUUUAUUUAUUGUACUUCAACUUCAGAUGUUGUAAAGAUAUUUAUCUCUUGUUCAUAGAAAAUUUGGAAUGCUUCUUUCUUCAGAAAACUAUGAGUAAAAAUAAACCAAUUUUAACCAAAUGGGAUCAAGACUGAACUAAAGAACUCUGCCAAAGAUUGCAAUAAAAUUACUUCUAUACACAUACUAAUUAUAUGUUACUUUGACUACAGAUAUGGACAACACUGUCAUAUUCCAAAUUUAUUGAAGUUAGAGGGUCAGUUUUGAAUGUUUAUGCAGUUUUAUUAAGUCAUAAGGUUGUAAGCCACAAUGUCUUUAAUAUUUUAAACACAAUCAUAUGUAUAAUGUAAUAACGAUCAACAUCAGUUUUGACCAUACAGUGGCCAUCUUCGCAUUCUAUGUCAUAGAUGGUAUUUGAUGAAGUGUUGUCACAAUAAAUCUGAAAACAAUAGAUGUUUGUGAAAAUUAGUUAUAUUCAAAAUGGCCACACUAUUAUUCUGUCGAUUAUUGUAAAUAUUUUAAUUUGUUUGUUUUUCUGUCAGUAUAAAAUGCAAUAUCAUUAUUGUACUUGUUCUUGGCAGGGCCAAGUACACUCUGGACAAUACCUAAUUCAUUAUUGUCAGUGUUAAGUAAAUCAUAUUUUUAGAUGGCUUAUUUUAUAUUUUAUAAAUAACAUUAAAUCAAUCAGACAAAAUCUCAGUUACCCAAUUAUUUUUGUGUAUGUAUAUAUGUAUGUGAAAUAACGUUUGAAACUGUGUACAAAUAUAUAUUGUUAAGUAUUUUUAAUACUUGUCUGAAAGUAAAAUAUAAUACCUGUAAUGGAUAUUUUGAAUAGGACACAUUUUGUGCAGGAUGCCACAUGCAAAAAACCUGCUUGUGUGUUCAGAAUAUGUUCAUUCAGAUUUAUCAUAUCUCUCUCUCU